UCCUGCGUAGUCACAUAAUAAAAUACAUCACAAUGAGGUUCCCAUGAACAUCAAAAACCACAACUGUGGAUAAGUUAGAUUAUUGUUUUGCCGGCUUGAAGGCGGUUCGAGCUGUGCAGUGGCACAGGGCCCCGCGCAUUGAAAGGCCCCGCGGAUCGCGGUCUGUUGCAUAAAUAAAUUACCGGAUAUUUAUUUAAUACGGAUUAAAAACGGAUGGGAUUGGCCAUACAUUUUUAUCCAUCCUCGGAUAGGUAGGUAACUCUAAUAGCUAUAGGGCGGAUUGACUAAUUUAUUAAUUAUUCGUACUCGUAUGACACGUAACGGCAGCGUGAUAACUGAUAGCACAAUGUUGAGAAGCAAUGGCUACAACGGCGACAACCACAGCGAGACAGCGGGUUAUUCCAAUAAUGUUAUUGGAACCGGGCUCGGUAUUGAUAACGAUAUUACAGUAUAUUCAUCGAAAAUUCAUAAUAAUAAUAAUAGGUAUAUUUUAUUUUAAAGUACCAACUACCUACUAUGUUUAUCAUUUUGUUGAUGACGCCCAUCGAAUUUAGACGUCAAACGAAGGAGACUUUCACGAUUAUAUAAAAUGGCUAGCAGAGAUUGCGAUCGAUUUAGAAAAUAUUUAAGUGGCAGUGAAAAAGCAAAAAGGAAACUUAAAAAAGAUGAGUAUUUAGAGAAUCAACGAAAUGCAAUGAAAAAAUUUUUAAAAAUAGAAAACACUGGAAUACUAAUUAGUGAAAGUUCUGAGAAUAAAAGUUGUUGCCAAGAAGUAUUAGAAAGAAAUUUAAGAAAUUUUGAAAAUGUUGAGGAUGGAAGAAUGACAGAAAUUCAAAAUGAGUCCAUUGAUGUAGAGCACGAAAAGCCAACCUUCAACGACACGAUUGAAAGUAUAGUUUUAGAAAAAAAAUACUGUGAUCAAUGACGAUAGUGAAAGUGAGAACUCAAAUACACUUAAUAUAGAGGAUCCAGGAACUUGGCCAGAAAAGAUAACAGAUAAGCUUCGCACACAUUUAGUUAAAAGAGGACCUGUACAAAUUCGCAAUUUUGAUUUUCCUAAGGACGAAGAGAAAGGGAACAGAAGAUUUUCUGAUAAAUAUUAUAACAGAAAAUUAGCAAAUGGUGUUGAAAAAGAAGAUGGUUAGUUUACUCAAAAACAUCGAAUAAAACAUUCUGCUUUGCAUGUAAGUUAUAUAAAACUAGCAUUGAUUCGUCAUCCUUAAGUACC